UAAGGAUCGUUGAGCAUGGAGGAAGACUACUAUAUGAUCCUGGGCGUAUCCCAGGACGCCACCGAGGGGGAGAUCAGGCAGGCCUACAAGCGAAUGGCGCUCAUCUACCAUCCGGAUAAGAAUCAGCAUCCCCAGACGGUGGCGCACUUCCGGAAGAUAAAAGAGGCAUUCGACGUCCUGUCGGUUGAGUCACUUAGGAACGCAUACGAUCGCGCCUUGCAUCGUAGAUCAUCGAAUACGAAUAGUAUUCCAAGGCCUGCAGGCACCCAUCCCAAUUACCAAAGUCAGCAGACCAACCAGGUGGAAUCUCCCGAUUUGCUGCCCAUUAUAUGUGCCGUUGGCGGUGCACUGGUGGGUCUCUUCAUGGGAUUCAGUGCUUUCAAGGCGUUCAACUCGUCGACUGGAAAUAACUAAGUGAAACCCCAGUUCUACACCCGAAUUAUAUCGGCAUAUUGGCAAUAUAGACUUAUAAAAAUUAAUCAAAAAAAUUAAUCAUUACUAAAUAACAAAUAUAUCAUGUAAUGUUAAUGAAAUUCGGUUUUAUAAAAGCA